UGUGUUCUUUCGUCAACUCAAAACAUGAACUGCACGCACCGUACGGUCCCAACGGUCACAUUUCCUUCGCUGUUCAGACCCGCCCUCAAAACCCUAAUUUCCCCAUUUUCAGCGCCAAUUUUCGCCCCGAAUGUCGCAAAACCUAAAACUUUUAUUCUCAAGAGGAUUUGUGAUGUUAGAGCUUCUGUCGAAAAGAAUGAUGGAACCAGAAACUGGGCCUCCCAGUUGCCAACCAGGGGUAUCGCUGCUGAUAAAGUGUUUAGGUUGAUUUCGAGUGCCACCGCUAGUCCCAUUGGCCAGUUCAUAUCAUCACCCACUACGUUUUUGCAUUCCGUUGAUCCCAGAAUCAAAUUGGUAUGGCUUUUGGCUUUAGUUGUUCUACCUGCAAGAUCACACAUAGUAAUGCGUUUUGGAUUGGUAAUAUGCACAGGUCUUCUGUCAAUGUGGAUUCUCCCAAAACACGUGUGGAUGGAUCAAUUGGGAAGAGUAUCAUUGCUUUCUGGAAUUCUUUUCAUAACACUGGGGCUAAGCUCGGAUGGUGUAUCCCCACUUACUCAGUUGCGAACUCCGCCACCUGCAAUCACGAACUUGCCUGAUCUCCCUAUGUCUAUGGAGGGCUAUUCAUAUUUAAUCAUGAACCUGGGACCACUACAGUUUACAAGGAAGGGCUUGUCCGUUGCAAGCACAGCUGCAUGCUUAACCUUCACUAUCUUCCAAAGUGCUAGCCUCUGCCUGGCAACCACUACCCCAGAACAACUUGCGCUUGCUUUGCGGUGGUUUCUUCUUCCCCUGACGCAUAUCCGUGUACCAGUGGCUGAAAUCAUCCUCACCCUCAUGCUUUCAUUGAGAUUUAUCAAUCUUGUCUUUGAUGAGGUUCGCAGUGUGGCAUUGGGGAUUGUAUCUCGUAGGAUAGAUUGGAAGCAGUUGACGAUAUUGGAGACAAUUGAUAUUUUUGCUUCCUAUAUACGAAGGAUCUUCAAAAAUAUUUUUGUCCAUGCAGAACAAAUAUCCCAGGCAAUGAUUGUUAGAGGUUUUAGAGGGGACAGCAACACACAUGAAAUCUACUUCUUAUCAGAUUCAUCAAUUAAGAUGGCAGAUUUUUUCUCCCUAUUGUGUCUGAUCGGUCUUGUAGGUGCUGCCUUUUUGUCGGAUUACCUCCUCAUCUGAUUUCUCUAGAGAGCUUCAUCGUGGAACUCACUUUCUGAGAAUGUGAUUGGUAUCGUGAAAAUUCUAAUGAUUCAUCAAUACAGCUUAUUCUGCACCAACAUUCUGAAGAAAAUGCAGUUAGUCAUAUUUUUCAUUUAAUUCUCAUGGAGAAGCCGGUAAGAAUCUAGGAAAAGUUGACUGAGUGGAAUCUUGAGGUACUUUCAAGUUUUUUUCAGUUGGUAGUUAGGUUGAAGGUUGAGGACCGUGGAGGGCACCCAUUCUUACUAUCUCCAUCUUAAGUAAGCACAUCAGGCAUGUUGUAGAAGACAAAUUCUUCAAGGAAGACAGACAAUGUGGAGUUAUUAUCAAAGAAUUGAUGAAAGAAAAUCCUCAGACAUGCUGGUUGAUUGUGAAAUAUUAUAUUGUAAUGUAUUAUAGCAUGUAUGUUUAUCACAUGUUUUGAUCUAGUCUUUAAAUCAACAUCUGAUAUGUGAAUUGGAAGUUUCAUUUUUUAAUUGACAAUUGAAUUGUACGGUUCAGAAUACAUUUCUUGAAUCAAAGUUUAGAAUUUACGUUUAUAAAUAAAGU